AUGGAUGUUAGAAUGAGGAACUUCAUUUCUAUUUUUCCAUGUCUAGAGUGCCAAGACAAAUACCCCCAUAAGAGUAAAGGCGGAGAAGCAAAUUCCACCUUUCAAGAUCACCUCCCUCCCCCAAAAAUUUCAAAUCGUAGUACAUAUAACGUGAGGGACAAAACAAGUAAAGGGAUGCUUGGUGAUGAAAUUUUUGAAUUGUACAUGGAGGAUCUUUGGAUGGGCAUACAUCCGGAAAAGAAGAGUGACUAUGCGUACCUGGAUUCGUUGUGGUUUGAUAUGUACAUCAUUGGGAAACAUAAAUCAAAAGUCCUUAAAUGGGUAAAAGCUAAGAAAAUAUUCACAAGAAGAUAUGUAUUUGUCCCCAUUGUUUAUUGGGGACAUUGGAGCCUCCUUGUGUUGUGUAAUUUUGGCGAGACUAACUACUUGGGUACUCCAAAGGGGCCACGCAUGCUACUGUUGGAUUCACUUAGAACAACACAACCAAAGAGGUUGCCAUCCGUCAUCUACAGCUUCAUUAUUGAUAUUUUAAAAACAGAAGAGCGGGAAGAGAUAGGGCAGUUCACAAAUCAAGUCCAGCUUGAGUUUCCUGAGGUUCCACGGCAAAGUGGAAAUGAUUGUGGUAUAUAUGUUCUGUAUUUUAUAUACUGUUUUCUCAAAAUCGAAAAACUGGGAGAAGAUUUGAGCCAGCUGGGUGCAUUGUUCGACCCAGAGGUACUACAGAACCUGGAGGACAUCCGCAAGGCUAUUCUUUUAUACCAAGAGAAACAGGAUGCCACUAUUACAGAGUAG